CCACAUCGAUUACUCAGUCGCGUUAAAACCGGGAGCUCUUUUCCCCCCAUUCAUCUGUUGGCGUGUGUGUGCGUGCUUGAAGAAUGGCAAUCAACACAGAUCCCGAGUUUGAGAAAUCUACCCUGGGAGAGAAUGCCGCGGCGCAGCCCCCAGAGUCCCAGGAGACGGAGAAACUUCUCAGCGCCACCACCACCGAGCCGGGGGGCAACGGGAUGAAGAUGUCCACCUCCUUCACCGUAAAUAUGGACAGUGACAAAGCCUUGGACGGAGACCAAAACGGCCACAGCGUGCCGCUGAGAUCCGGUUCCGCGGGGCACCUUGGGGGGGCUCCGCUGUCCCCGUCCCGAGUCAGCUUAAGUCGCACCUCCUCCACCGGGAAUGGCCCGCAAGAGCAACAGAAACCAAAAGACUAUCUGAUUUUUGUUAUUUUCUCCUGCUUUUGCCCCGUCUGGCCCGUCAGCAUCGUUGCACUGGUAUACUCAAUUAUGUCCAGAAACAGUCUGCAGCAGGGGGAUGUUGACGGGGCGCGGAGACUGGGUCGCCUGGCUCGCCUCCUCAGCGCGGUGUCCAUCAUACUGGGCCUCAUCAUCAUCAUCGUCUACGUAGUAAUAGCAGUGACCAAGACUGAAUAGCAGCAUGGAGGACCAGACGGAGACGAGAACUCUUUAACAGCAGCAGCAAAAAAUUACAACAUAGAUAAAAAAAUGCCACGUAAAUUUAGAAAACAACUCCUCCUCAUUAACAAAUAAGAGGGGGGAGAAAGAAAAAAAAAGUUUUAAAAAAUGAGAUGCAAACAGGACUGUGUUACAAGUAAAAUUCAUAGAUGCAAGUAAUGCAUGCUUUAGGGAUACAAUAUGCUUGACAAAAAUAAAGAAAAAAAAAUACAACCUGAUAUACGGUCCGAUGUGUCAAAAAGUAAAUUAGUGGUCAUAAUUUACAUCUGGGAAAGCCGUCCACAAAUGUGUGGAUCUGAGAGAAAAGGACAGCAAAGAUGAGACCGAGCUGGAGGAUCAAAACGGCUCGACAGUGGAAGGACAAACGCCUCG